AGCCAAUGAAAUAUCUAAAUCUGAAGCCACCAGACAUGGAUUCUGUAAGACAAGCAACUAGUAAAUACUAUCUUUGUUUGAAGAAAAAAUAAUAAAAAAGAACCGAAAGCCUAAAACCAAAGUCUUGAAAAUAUUCCAAAUCUUAAAACCCUCCUCUCAAAGACUCAAACUUUUCACUGUUAUACCUUCUACUCUACUACUGCUUUUUAUUUUUUUCUCUCUCUCUUCUUCUCUUCCCAUUCCCAAAAGGCACUCUGUUUCUUUAAGGAAUUUAUCUUUUUCUCUCUCUAGUCUACUGAAGAAGACGAUUGAUAGUUUAGCAGUGUGUAAGAAAAAUGAGGGGUCCUUUGGGUGCAGUCAUUGGAAGAUACCCAUCAAGUGAUGGUACUCAAAUGGGUGGAAUCAUUAGUCAUAACAGGAAAUGUAGGGAUAUUGUUUUUCUUGUGAUCUUUAUAGCUUUCUGGGUUGCUAUGAUUGUUAACUCCAGCUUUGGGUUCAACAAAGGAAACCCUUUAAGGCUCACCUAUGGGCUGGACUACAGAGGAAAUGUUUGCGGGGACAAGCAUGCGAACCCUGGUCUUCAUCAGCUUGAACUUAAGUAUUGGUUAAAUCCUAACCAGGUCUAUCAAAGUGGUGUGAAAGACAGUGACUUUAAGUUAACCAAUGCACGAACUAUAUGCUUAUUGGAUUGUCCUAUCCCUUCUGAUGAUGCACUAAAUUGGGUGUGCGAUUAUCCAGAAGGAGAUAUCCGCCUCUCAAUGAAUGAUUGGAUCGAUAGAAACUAUGAUUAUUUUGAGUUUCUUACACCUGAAAUGAGAAACAGCUCUCUUCAACUUCAGGGUCCUUGUUACCCUAUCAUAUUUCCAAGUGUCAAUGUUUACUGGAGCUGCCAAUUCAUUGCACGUUCAUCAAACAUGUCUAUGAGGCAUUGGCAGCAAAUGGGUGGAGUGCGCAUCAAUGAGGACAUUGUUAUAGAUAAAUCCAUUCACAGAUCCAUCAAUUCUCAGUCAUCUGUUCUAAAGAGGUACAUGGCUGAUAUUGGAAAAUCAUGGCCAGUGCUAAUUGUUUGUGGAGCAAUCUUGCCUCUGUUUUUGUCGGUGAUUUGGCUACUGAUGAUUCGGCAUUUUGUUGCUGCAAUGCCUUGGAUAACAGUUGCCCUCUUUAAUAUUCUCAUAAUAUCAGUCACUAUGUUUUAUUAUUUAAAAGCUGGAUGGAUAGGAAAUGAUGCCAUCACUCCCAUUAUCGGUCCCCGUGAUCCUUAUGUCCAUGUGUCCGCAAGGGAGCUUAAUCAUCUUCGUGGUGUUGCUGUUCUUAUGACUUUUAUUAUGGUUGUUGCUGUUCUUACAUCAAUUGCUGUAGUCCGCCGCAUCCUUAUGGCAACAUCCGUUCUUAAGGUUGCUGCAAAGGUCAUUGGAGAAGUUCAAGCGCUCAUUAUUUUUCCAGUCAUACCAUAUGCCAUCCUUGCAAUUUUUUACAUGUUUUGGUUUUCGGCUGCUUUCCAUCUGUUCAGUUCGGGUGAGGUCCUCCAGAAUAACUGUAACUCCAACUGCUGUGCUUAUGAUCUUGUGUCAAGAAAAGUCAACUGUGAUCGUUGCUGUGGUUACAGCAUUCAUUACACUCCUCAUAUUGGAGUUGCCAUUCUCUUCCACUUAUUUGGGGGAUAUUGGGCUACACAGUAUUUUAUAGCAUGCUCUUCGACAGUGAUUGCGGGUUCGGUAGCUUCCUACUAUUGGGCUCGUGGUGAAACAUCACCAGAAAUUCCAUUUCUUCCCGUCUUUUCCUCCAUGAAGCGGCUUAUAAGGUACAGCCUUGGGUCAGUUGCUCUUGGCUCCCUGAUUCUGUCAUUCGUGGAAUCAAUCCGAUUUAUGCUUGAAUCAAUUCGUCGGAAACUGAAAGGUCCUGGCACCUCACCUGACAAUUGGUUUGGAAGAGUGGCAUUCCACGUUUCUAGGUUUUGCCUGAGAUGUAUCGAUUGGACCAUCAGAUCUGUGAACCGCAAUGCCUACAUAAUGAUUGCAAUAACAGGUAAAAGCUUCUGCAAGUCAUCUUCCAUUGCCACAGAUUUGAUUAUCAACAACAUACUUAGAAUAGGGAGAGUCAAUGUGAUUGGAGAUGUCAUCUUAUUCCUUGGAAAACUAUGCGUCAGCCUCUCAAGCGCCCUUUUCUCAUUCCUCAUGCUGGAUACUCACAAAUACAGAUCGUCGCACAACAAGAUCUCUUCUCCGCUAUUUCCUGUAUUGGUUUGCUGGGGCCUUGGCUAUGUUGUCGCGACACUUUUCUUUGCAGUGGUGGAGAUGUCUAUCGACACCAUCAUUCUUUCCUUCUGCCAAGACUCUGAAGAGCAUCAAGGGACCGCACAAUAUGCUCCCCCUCUUCUCAUUGAAACUCUCAAUGACCAAAAUGAGAUGCAGAGACUUAUUCAAGGACCUCAGUGAAAAUAGCUCAUAUAUGUAUAAUUAAUUUGAUCGUAUAUUUGCUUGAUUAAACUCAAGAAUCCUUAUAUUUUAUUAGGUCUUUCUCUCCUACCUUUUCACCCUUUGAAAUUUUUGUGUCAUUUAACAUGUGUUGUAAAUGUUUAAAGCUUUUCGUAAAAGCCAGAGGGAAAAGGAAGCCUUUGAGAGACAAUUUUAUACUAUUCAACUGAGAAUACAAGACAAUAGAGGAAGAAGUCAUGUAACCGAGAAUGCAUAUAAAUAGUUACUAAAAAUAUGCAUAGAA